UGCAUCUACUCGAUAGUACUCGAUGGUCGACAUUUGGUCAUUUCAAUUUCUUUGUUUCUCGUUGUAAAGUGUUUAUAGAAAUUGUAAGAUGUUUCUUGCAUUUUGGCACACAUCAAUAACAUAUAGAAUAUUUAUUAUAAAAUUUAAAUAGUAGAUUGCACAUUGAAUGUGGAUUCAAAAUUUUGUGGUUAGGUUCUCUUUUGUUAUUACGUAUACGGUACGAUGUAUUUGAAAUAUAUCCAUUAAAUGAACAUUAAAAGAUAACUAAACGAAGCGUGGCAAUAUAAUUCAAGCAUUAAAUUAAUAGGAAUUAAUUACAGAACUGGUAAUUAGAUUUAUGUAAAACGACAAAAUAAUCUUUUGAUUUUAUUCGUGUAGGUACUUAGUGGACAAUUAAUUGUGUACCUGUGAUUAAUUUUUGAUUGGAAAUCUAGUUAAAGUUAUGUGUAGUUUUAUCAAAAAGUUAGUUUUUAAAAAUAGACUUUAAGUAUUUUAACACAUCAUAGAAAUGCAAACUCAAAAUUCAAUUUGCUGUUCUAUUCGAAUAACUUUUAUCACCCAGCUUUGUAUCAGAUAGAACAGAUAGAAGCUAACAAAUAAAUAACACAAUGGAUUUUCUACCAUUGUAUCAAAUAUAAAGUUUAGAAGAAGAUGAAUGAAAAAAGUAUUUAUUCAAUUGUAUAUAAUUUCUUUGAAAAAAGAAAUGGUAAAGUUAUUUUUUGAAUAGUAUUUGAGUAAUUAAUGUAAAAACAUCAAAAAUGGCAUCUGCUGAGAUUGAUGAUUUAUUGUCUGGUCCAUUGGUAACUUGGUUUGCCAGUUGCCUAGAGGAUUCUAAUUUAUUAACUAGUUAUGACGAUUUGGUGGAUGGUAUAUUGUUACAUAAUGUAUUUUUGCAAAUAGAUCCAGAACCAUUACACAAUGAAGUAAUAUCUCCAGAUGGAAGUUCAUUAAUUCGUGCAAAGAAUUUAAAAAUCAUAGUAGAUAAUAUGAAACAGCUUUACGAAGAAGAAUUAGGUCAUUUAGUUUUAAAGUUACCAGAUACAAUGCAUUUAGGCAAAGAACCAGAACUCUAUGUCGCGGAAAUGAAGUUAUUAUUGCUAUUACUUCUUGGUUGUGCUGUACAGUGUCCUAAUAAAGAAAAAUUUAUUACAAAAAUAAAAACGUUAAACGUCGAUACGCAACUCGCAAUAGUGGAAUGUAUUAAACAAGUCACAGAUCAUCAAGAUAUAGUUAUUACCCAAGAUGCAAUGGAAAAUGUAAAUAUGGGAAGUUUAUUUAUGCAAAUAAAGAAUUUGACCCAAGAAUUGGAUCUAUAUCGUCAGAGGUGGCGAGACACGGCUAUAAAUGAAAGCGUUGAGAGGAAUGAUUCGUCUAUUAGUGUGGAAACAGAAGAAAUGAAUAAAGUUCAGUUGUCUAAUCCUGUUAACAAGUCAGAACGCGAAGAUAAUCAUCAUUAUGCGGUCGAAUUGGCAGAUUGGAAAUCUAGAGUUAGAAAACAACGUCAAGAAUUGGAAGAGAAAGCCGAAGCAUUGUUAGAGUGUAAAGAAGAACUGGAAUAUCAUAAAAUGUUAGUGACUAAACUGAAGCAAGAGAAUCAGGAUUUGAUGCACGAAGCACGCACAGCAAAAUCUUAUAGAGACGAAUUAGAUGCUGUCAUUGAAAGAGCGGAUCGUGCUGAUCGUUUAGAACUGGAAGUAGUGAGAUAUAAAGAGAAACUGACAGAUAUAGAAUUUUAUAAAACUCGCAUAGAGGAACUACGCGAGGAUAACAGAGUCUUGAUGGAAACUAGAGAAAUGCUUGAAGAUCAAUUGAAUUCAUCGCGAAGAAGGGCGGAUAAAGUGUUAGAGCUCGAGUCUGAAAUUAUUAAAUACAAGCAGUUAUUGAAUGACAUGGCAUUGGAACGUGCAGCAGACAAAGAAAAAUACCAAGAACUCGUCGAAGAAAAUAUUCAAUUACACAAGUUAACAAAAGCAACCGCGAACGAAGCUGCAUUAGCAGAUUCUGUAAGUGAUUCCGAUGAGCCAGUGCAUGCCGAUAAUAGAUUGUUUGAGCAAUUGACGAAUAAUGCCCAAACGCGAGCAUUAAAAUUAGAGUUAGAAAACCGUAAAUUACUGACUGAAAUAGAUUCCUUGAGAGAAAACUCGUUUCAUGAGAAUUCGUCUCGGGUGUUGGAAUUAGAAAAAGAAAAAAAGAAACUGUCGUUAAAAAUCGAAUCGUUGAAUGACAAUACUGAAAGGCUUACACAACAAAAUUCAGAUCUAGAAUUAAUAUGGAAACUAGCGGUCGAAGAGAAUAAGAAAUUACAGAACUCGUUAAAAAAUCAAAGAGCAUCGUCUGAAAAACAACAACAAGAGUUUCAAGCUCAACAUACAAAGAUGGUAGAAUUGGAAAAAAGUUACGAUACGGCAGUGAAAGAAAAACAACGAGUUCAGUCUUUGCUAGAAAGCGUGCAAAGACGAGCAGAUGAUUUAGAACGUUCUUUGGAACUUGCGAAUCAAAAAGUUGAAGAAUUAAAAAUUGUAGAAGACAAUAUAAAAGAAAUGAACAUCAAAUGUCUUGAUCUUGGUACAAAACUUGUGGCAGUGGAAAAAGAAAAAGAUACAGCACAACGCGAUAUUCAUCGAUAUCGGGAGACGAUAGAAGAAAAAGAUGUUGCAUUGGAUAAGGCAAUGAAUAGCAUCGAAGUUUUAGAGAGAAAAGUAACCCAACUUGAACAAGAACUUCAUGACUCUGUUACACAAAUUUCGAGAUUGCAGGAAAUCGAAAGAUCUAGCAAAGAAUUGGAUUCACGGGCGGCUAUUGAUAGAGAGACAUUGGAAAUUUUGCAGUCUAAUUUAGUAGCUGAAAAAUUGAAUACUCAACAAUUAUAUACGGUUCUGCAGAAACUUGGUCUCGGUGAUAAUAUGUUAUCGCUUCCGUUAGAUAAUCUCUUGAAAAAGAUUGCAGAAAUUCCAGAAGUCAUCAAUUAUAUCAGGGAAUCGAAUAAUUCGUGUCGCUGUGAAAAGUUAGUGUCUGAAUCGAAAAAUUCUGAAAACAAUGAAACUACUAAUAUUCAUAGUACAUUAGAGGCAACGGUAGAAUCGCUCAAGAAGGAACAGGAGCAUUUGCAGUUGAAAUUAGUUACCGCACAAACAGCAUCAGAAAAUCUUCUGUCUGAAAAUGCAAAACAUCAAGUACAGAUUACAACGUUACAGUCACAAAACAAUUCCUUGGCAGCUCAACAUACUGCUUUGCAACUUGCAAAUUCACAACUUGUUGCUGAGAAAGAAGAGUUACUAAAAGAACGCAAUGUUCAACAACAAACGCACGCGCAACUUCUUCACGAUCAAGACACUCUACAAUCUUUACACGAGCAAUUGAAUAACGAGUAUGAAUGUUUAUUUCACGAACACGAUGCUCUUAAAUCAAAUCUACGAGAUGUAAAAAAUGAAAUUAGAAUGUUACGCGAGUCUUACGAAGGAUUAAAAGGAAAAAAUAAGGCAAUGCAAAUAGAAAAGGAAUCGUUAGUGAACAAUGCGAAAAGUUUAAAUAAUUUAAGAGGAGAGCAUUCAAAAUUAAAGGAUGACUUUAGAAAUUUGUAUACUGCCACAGAAAAAUUAAAAAUAGAGUACAGAAAUUUGCAGGAAGAUUACAGAAAAAAUAAAGUUGAAACAAACCGACUGAGUCUUAAGCUUACAGAAAUGCAAGGUGAACUUAGUACUAAGGACGAAAGAUCCUCCAAUUUGGAGCUUCAAGUUAAUAAACUGAAUCAAAGAUGCGAAAUGUUACUUCAUGUAAAUUCCGGGUUAGAUAACGACAGACGUUCGUUAAUGGACCACAUUAGUUUAUUGUUUACUCAAUAUCAUGAACUUUUGACUCGAUCUCUUGAAGAUAAAGAACAGUAUCACAUGGAAGAGAAAAUGUACACGGAUAGAAUGAAUCAUUUGUGUAGACAAAAAGAGAAAUUAGAAGAUAAGAUUAUGGAACAUUACAGAAAAUUAGAAAGUUGUACUCCCAAAAAGAAAGGAUUUGGAGCCAAUUUAGUCAGACGAGUUAGGAAAGCUGGAUCUGAACUUCUGAAUAAGAAUCGGCGUUCUUGGGCAGAAGAUUCGAAACAUUCGGAAGGAAAGACGUAUGAAUCGGAAUCUGGAGGAAACGAUUCGGACGCUAGUACAGAAGAUCGUUUACCAGGAUCUACUAGUAGAGACCUAGGUUCUGAUGCAUUGUCUCUUGGUCAUCCAGGAACUAGAAGGACAGUGUAUUAUACUGACGAUUCUCCGCCACCGUCAACUACUUUACCAGAAGAGGGGGACGAUAGACGUUCAGUGUUAUUGGAACAAAAUCCAAGACCCGAAGUACAAGCAGAACCACGUCCGGUUCUCAUAUAUAAUAAAGUAUCGGCGGUUAUAAAUGAAUCAAAGAAUAUUAACAAUAGUGGAAUAAAAGAUGUAGAACAAACAGAAACAAUUAUGGAACCUCCAAUGGAGAAAGAUCCAAAAGCAGGCAGUCCUGUAUGGUAUGAAUAUGGUUGUGUAUAAAAAAAAACAAUUAAGAAAAUUUUUUUUAGAUUUUAAAGCAGGCAGUUCAGCAUAGUAUCAAUAUGGUUGUGUAUAAUUCUAGAUUACAUUUGUUCAUUCGCAUACUUACCACAAAGAAGCGCUUUUUUACUGUUAUUGUAAUAUUAUAAUUCAAUUUUUGUAUCAUAAUAUUUUAUAAAAAAUUCGCGUAGAAAUUGAACGUUUCGAAAGGCUAUAAUAGUAAUUUUAAUCGAAUAAGUACCAGUUCCUAGAUGGCUUUUACGUCAACAAUAUACAUUGCCGAUGUUAUUUUCAAAUUUAAUAUUUAUUUCAAAUUCAGUAUUUUAAACGAAUUGACCGAGGUGCAUUUAUAAGCAGUUUGUGAACGAGCAUGAAACGAAACGAAUCAUUUUUUUUCCCCCCCUUUUUUUUUUAUAACUAUUAUAUAUUGUACUAAGAAUAAGUUAUAAGUGUUCGUGGAUAUUGCCGGUAUUUAAUUAAUUUUUCAUAAACUGUUCAAACAAUGUAGUAUCGAAUUUUUUCUUCGAUUUUAGCAAAUACGCGCGCGAAAAGAGAGAGAGAGAGAGAGAUUUUUUUAGUUUUCUCACCAUGUCAAAUUUGUAUGAUUUCCCAUUAUUAUAGCUGUUGAAUGUGCAAUACUAAUCCUUUGCGGACGGAGAUUUUGAAGCACAAACAUAAACUGGAUUGUGAGAUAAAUACUAGUAAAUUAUCGCACACUAAUUUAAUGAAUUAUUGCAUACGGAUUAAUGAAAUUCGUAAUCCGUAUGAAAGUAUGUUAUUCGCUAUAGCUUGUCUUAUAUAUAAUCCGUCCAAAAAGUUACACUAUUUUUUUUGCAAUAAAGAAACACUUUCGGUUAGGUUUGUUAACGAAAAGUUGUCUUUUUAAAAUGACCGGCAAUUCAGCUAUUUAAAAAUAAUAUUAUUCUUUUUAACUACAGACUAAAAUUGUUAUACAUUAAAAUAGAAUUAUAAAUUCACGGGAAUUUAUUGAUAGUCAUAAAAUUCUUAAACAUAGUAAUUUGUGUGAGCGCCCGACGUUUACUAUAUCUUCUAUACAUUAAGACUGCGUGUUGUUUCGAAUUCGUGUGGCAUUUAAGAGUGACUGAUUCAGCGAUGUACCUUGAAAAGGUCUCACGCGUUUCAUCGUUGGGGGAAUGCAUACCUCACGAUUUUUUAUUUUCCUACGGUCGGGAGAAGAAGGUUCUGACCAAAAAAACUGUCCACCGUCUGCCCGAACCCCUUCCGAAUUAUUUCUCAGGCUUCAGAAAUUUGCAUACAAGUAUCUGAGGAAUUAUGUCGCUACUCCACGGGUAAAAUGUUAGCAUUUCUUCAAUCGUUCGUAUUGUUAUUUAUAAGUUGCUUAUAAAUAGAGUAAGAUAUUAAAUACAAAUAGAACAUAUCCUUAUAUUUAUUUAGACGAAUUUUACCAAUAAAAAAGAAACAAAACGCGAUUCAACUUUACCGUAGAAGUAUCGUAAUUAUGAAAAUGAUAAUUUAACACUUUAUUAUAUGUAUG